UGUGGAAUCAACAGGGCCUUGCUUGAACGGGCGUGUAUGUUAUGUUUGUGUCUGCUAGAUAGCUGUUUUACUGGUUUACCCUUUUGUCUCUUUAAAUGUAUAUAACACGAGUAAGGUGACAAGGGGAGCUACUUUGUAAUAGCAAUUAGCUUUUAUUGGAACAGAAAUGGCAUUUCAAGUUCUACAUUUAUCAAUUUUAAUCCUGGGAUCUGUGCUUUUAUUCAGUUGCAUACAUGGUCAAGAAUCAGUUUUUGAUUGUACACAGCAAACCUCUUGCCAAAAGUGCAUCCAGAAAGGGCCAAGAUGUGCCUGGUGUAAGGACGAAAUAUACAGAAAAGGCGACAGGUCGUACUUUCCACGAUGCGAUUUUUUGGAAAAUCACAAACAGCGGGGAUGCAAAAGUAUAUCUGAUCCGACAUCAAAUUACACAUUGAAUAAGGGAAAUGUUGGUCUUGGCGGUGAAAACAGAGUGUUCCCUCAGAAUAUCACGCUGUACCUAAGACCAGGCAGGCCAGCCACAGUCAACGUCCGGGUUAAGACCCCAGCCGAUUUCCCAGUCGAUCUCUAUUACUUAAUGGACCUGACGUAUACCAUGAAAGAUGAUUUGAGCCAAAUCACAAACUUGGGUGAUCUUUUAAGCAUUCAACUACGAAAUGUCACUUCCAAUUUUCGUCUUGGUUUUGGCGGCUUUGUUGACAAAAACCUUGGUCCGUUUACUUUGACACUCGAGAAAGAAAUAAAGUCAAGGGAACUUCAAGGUUUACAGCAAACAUUUGGCUUUCGUAAUUAUCUUCCAUUGGAUUUGAAUACAAGCAAAUUCAGGGAUGUUGUUAAGAAGACAAAAAUUUCAUAUAACGUUGAUGCACCGGAAGGGUCGCUUGAUGCAUUGAUGCAAGUCGUUGCCUGCGAUAAGGAAAUAGGAUGGAGAGAUAAGAAAAAGGCGAGAAGAAUUGUUAUUGUAACCACGGAUGGCAGCUUUCACUAUGCCGGUGAUGGAUUGCUUGGGGGUGUUGCUAUGCCAAAUGAUGGAAAAUGCCAUAUGUCUAAAGGCGAUUACAUUGCCUCAUCUACCAUGGAUUACCCUUCUCUGUCCUUUCUUCGUGAGCAGAUGCUGGAGGCAGAAAUUGUUCCUAUUUUUGCAACAACUGGAAACCUCGAGUUAUUUAUGAGAGUACAAGAUUUCUUUGGCAAAGCAUCCGGAGCAGUCGCGGCCAGACUUGCCAGCAAUUCGGCAAACAUUGUGCCACUAGUCAGAGAAGCAUACGAGAAAAUCUCUAGGACGGUGAAGGUUAGUACACAGAAAGUCAAUGGGAUUAACGUUAAGCUGAAGGCAAAAUGCGGUGAAAACAAGCCUUGGGAAAACAAAGAAGGUUGUACAGGAGUUGAGUUCGGAGAAGAGGUUCAAUUCAAUGUUUCAAUGGAGGCAAGUGAAUGCAGCAAACAAUUAAAAGAAGUCCGAGGGUUUCGGAUAAGGACAAGCUUCGACGAUGUGUUUGUCAAUCUCAAGUUAGUUUGCAAUUGUGAAUGUGAUGAUCCAAUUUAUGAUGUUAAAGACAGCCCAAUUUGCAAUAAUAAAGGGUCUUUAAAGUGCGGACAGUGUGCCUGCGAACCGACAUACAAAGGCCGCUUCUGCCAAUGUAAUCAAACCACAAACGAGGACGACACCCAAUGCAGAAUAAACGGAAAGGUUUGCAGUGAUCGAGGCAUUUGUGAAUGUGGAGAAUGUGUACAAUGUUUUACGAGUCCGAAUGCAGGAGAACACAUAUACGGAGCCUUUUGCGAAUGCAGUAAUGCAACAUGUCCCAAAUCAUUUGGGCAGAUUUGUGGAGGAAAGGAGCGAGGAUCUUGUGAGUGCAACAAAUGUGUCUGCAAAUCAAACUGGACUGGGCCUACAUGUGGAGACGAAUGCAUUAAUUCAACAGCUGGUUGCAUUUACAACAAUAAAAUCUGCAACAAUAAAGGAUCGUGUAUUUGCGGCAGAUGCUCGGCUUGCGAAACAGGAUACUUUGGGGAUUACUGUGAACAGUGUGCAGAGAACUGCCCAGAUCCUUGCGUGGACUACAAAGAGUGUGUGCGAUGCAAAGUUUUCAAAACGAGUGAGCUCGGGGCACCGGAAUGCGAGACAGAAUGCAGAAAAAGAAAUAUCACAAAGAUCACAACCGUUGAUUAUGUCCAAGCAGGUGCUGGCGAAAGAUGCGUCGCUGCGGACAAAGAUGAUUGCUCCUUCGUUUUUACUUAUCGGAAAGACAACGUAACAGAAGAAAUCGAGUUGCUGGUGCAGAAGGAGAGAAUUUGCCCAGCGGAACCCGAUAUCCUUGCCAUUAUUCUUGGAGUGAUUGCUGGUAUUGUUGGGGUUGGAUUGGCUUUGCUCCUUAUUUGGAAACUGUUAGCAACUUUGAAGGAUCGCAGAGAGCUGGCCCGAUUCAAUAAAGAUCUGAAGGAAGUUAAAUUUGAUACGGGAGAGAAUCCUUUGUACAAGCAAGCGACUUCUCAUUUCAAAAACCCAAUGUAUGAAGGAACCUCUUAACGACUGCAGACGAAUAUUAGGAAAUGUAUUUAUAGUCGGGUACAGUUCAGAAGAUGUGGCAUUAUGGCAAUCUCGUGCCGCUCAUGGAAUUUUGUGUAGGUAUACGCUAGGCACAAUUAACGCGCGGAAGAUCUACCAAAGAUUGGAAUCUUGAUUUGGGCAAUGAAAUAAUCCUGAUAGCAACUUUUCUUGAUGACAAUAAAGGUUUGCCAAGAGAAAACAAAAUUUUUUAGUGGUUUUCAUCGUCAUCAACCAGUUUUUCAAAGCAAAUUUUAAUUGCUUUUUAAGAACUAAUUUUAGCAUAGUAUGUAUUUAGCAAAGUAGUGUGUAAUCUAUUUCGAACCUUGUUGUGUUUUUUGCAUGAGGAAUUAACAAAUGCAGCCGCCUAGAAUGAUUCCUGACUUCUGGUGCCCCCUCAUCAGCCUUUCAUAGCCCUUAAAUCUUAUCAAAAGUUCUGAGAACCAAAGCGAUUAUAUUCGGGACAGAGAGCGUUGCUUUUCCCUUUAAGGUUAACGUUAUACGUACAUUAAUGUGACAAACCUUCCGAUGUUUGUUCGAGGCCUUAAAUCCUAUUUUAUGAACCCAAGCAGUACAUUGGCCAACGACUGCAAAGGAUGAGAACCUUGACAACAGCCAAAUAUUUUGUUCUGGUACAUCUGUCAACUUUGCCUUUGAAAAUGUAAACCAAAUAGAUUAAUAGACAAGAGAUUCCUGGUCAGUCACCAAAAAAUCGUUCUGUCUUCUAGACAGGCAUUCAGACCUUUGCAUAAAACACAAUAAAAUAUUCUUCUGUUGAUUUUGUUAUUUAAACGUUUCGUUAGCUAUUCGAAACAACGACCACACAGCAGUGUAAAUUGUAGUCAAAUAUACAUUUUCUAGCUUUAUAGUUUGGACUUGAUUUACUUUCGAGUUUUCUUCUUUUUUGUUUUUUUGUUUUCAACCAUUAACGGUUUUCUGUAAGCCAUAACUUCUAAUUAUAUAUAAGAGCUGUACUUUGUGACAUUUGUGUUUCAAUUCAAUACAUUAAAUAUUGUUACCAUCGUUA